AUGUUUGGACUACGAGUAAUAUCAAUGCUAUGGACGUUGAUUGGACAUUCUUUCGCCUGGAUUCAGGGAUACGUGAAAAAUGUGGAUGAGUUCAAGGAUGACCUUUCAAAUGGUUUCUCAAGUGUUCUCAUCUCGAAUUUCACCCUCAGCGUUGAUACGUUUUUUGUGCUCAGUGCUACCCUCACAUCGUACUCAUAUUUUCGAAAAUACAAAUCUCAAGGUUUUCAACCUUAUAUAACAUGGUUUGAAUGGAUAGUGAAAUGGUUAAAGUUUUAUCGUCACCGCUUAAUACGUUUAUGGCCAUCAUAUUUAUAUACGCUAUCAACUGUAACAUUUUUGUUAUCAUCACUUCAUUCGCACCCAAUGUGGGAACCAACAGAUCCAUCUGUUCAAUGUCGACUUCAUGGUUGGAAGAAUGUACUUUUCUUGAACAGUGUUCUUGGUAAUGAAUGCAUGGGUUGGACAUGGUAUAUCAGCACCGAGUUCAUCUUUUAUCUGAUUUCACCUAUAUUUCUGAUUGCCUUCACCAAAAGCGUUUGGUUUGGCUUAGCGCUGUCGUCACUUACGAUCAUAUCUUCAACUUUAUUGCAAUCGCUAUUCUUUCUGAACAACGAUUAUCCAUCGUCACCAAUCCCUUAUAAUCAACCAUCUAUUUUUAAAGGAUCUUUUAUGAAGCAUGUUGAUGAGUAUUACAUAAAACCACAAUAUCGCAUUGGUGCCUAUGUUGUGGGCAUUGUUUUGGGUUAUAUAUUAGCGAAUAUGCAAAAAUGGAAACAAGAACGUUCGACAGACUCACGACAGUUGCAAUUUUUGCUUUGGUCUGUUUGCAUUCUGUUUGCAAUCAUAUCAUUAUACGGCUUCUAUCCGGUCAUGCAGGGCUGGAACUGGCGUUUGUAUCAUGUCUUAUAUGGUGCAACUCACCGUGUUCUGUGGGCAGUUGCGAUUGCAAUACUAAUUUAUAUGUGCCAUGCAGAUCAGGGUGCAUUUGUGAAUGCCUUUCUUAGUGCACGGAUAUUUCUGCCUUUUUCUUCACUUUGCUAUUCGGUUUACCUCAUCCAUUUGGUGAUGGUGUUCGCCGUUUUUCUAUGGGUGCCAUUUCCGAUUGUCUACUCUGGCAAGCAUGCAGUAGUCGCGUUGUGUAUAGUGCAGUUGCUGUUAUCGUAUAUCUGCGCAUUAUCGAUCACUUUAUUUACAGAAUUUCCCGCAUUGAACAUUGAAAAAGUUUUGAUGAGAUGGUCAUCUCAGAGGGCACAGCAUGAUGCUCAAAAGUCUUAUCCUCUUAUUUUGAACAACAAACGAUAA